AUCCAGCGCAUUGCUCACGAGGGCUGGGGCUGCGACCUGGCCGGAGCAUCGCACCCGUCAGUGCUUCCGGCUGCCCCAUGCCGCGACUCGCGGGCUGUGCCUGCCCCUCCUAACGGCCGCCGGCACGCGCCGCGUCUCCAUAGCGACGGCCUUUUCUCCAGGAGGACCCGGGCUGCCCCGUGGCGCCUGCUGCGCGUGGCGCUCUGGAAGCGGAGCCACGGUCAAGCUGAGAGCUGGUGGCACAGCGUGGUUGCUGCAGAGCUCGCGGGCCAGGGGGCCGCGGCCGGGGUGCGGCAGACGCAGGCGGCCCCGCGGUGGGCCCGGACCUGGGGCCUGCGGUGCGAGCGCUGAGCUGGCGGGGCGGGCCGGGGCGCGGCGGCGGCCCCUCCUCCAGGCGCAGGUAAAGGCGGCUGCGCCGAGCUCCUCAGGGCGAGGAUUCGUCUGACGCGGCUCUAACCUGGCGUGUCAUUGCGUGGCGGAACCCCGGGACUGCCACUCCACGUCCCCGUCGCUCCUAAGAGAUUAGUAUCUAAUGUUUGUAUAAGACAGAAGAAAAGGAUGUCAUUCCGUAAAGUGAGCAUCAUCAUCUGGGUCCUGGCUGUUGUUCUCUUCUUAUUGGUUUUGCACCAUAACUUCCUUAGCUUGAGUAGUUUGCUAAGGAAUGACGUAACAGAUUCAGGAAUCCUGGGGCUUCAGCCCAUAGACUUUGCCACAGAUGUUCAUCAACAUCCAGUAAAUGGUAGACAAGAAGAGAUUCCUGUGGUCAUUGCUGCCUCUGAAGACAGGCUGGGUGGGACGAUUGCGGCCAUAAAUAGCGUUCAUCGGAACACUCGCUCCAAUGUGAUUUUUUACAUUGUUACCCUCAACAGUACAGCAGACCAUCUCCGGUCCUGGCUUAACAGUGUUUCCCUGAAAAGCAUCAGGUACAAAAUUGUAAAUUUUGAUACUAAACUUUUAGAAGGGAAAGUAAAGGAGGAUCCUGACCAGGGGGAGUCCAUGAAACCAUUAACCUUUGCAAGGUUCUACUUGCCAAUUCUGGUUCCCAGUGUAAAGAAGGCCAUAUACAUGGAUGAUGAUGUAAUUGUACAAGGUGACAUUCUUGCCUUGUAUAAUACACCACUGAAGCCAGGACAUGCUGCUGCAUUUUCAGAAGAUUGUGAUUCAGCCUCUACUAAAGUCAUUAUCCGUGGAGCAGGGAACCAAUACAAUUAUAUUGGCUAUCUUGACUAUAAAAAGGAAAGAAUUCGUAAGCUUUCCAUGAAAGCCAGCACCUGCUCCUUUAAUCCUGGAGUUUUUGUUGCAAACUUGACUGAAUGGAAGAGACAGAAUGUAACUAACCAGCUGGAGAAAUGGAUGAAGCUUAAUGUAGAAGAGGGACUGUACAGUAGAACUCUGGCUGGCAGCAUCACCACCCCUCCUCUGCUUAUCGUAUUUUAUCAACAACAUUCCACCAUUGACCCUAUGUGGAACGUCCGACACCUUGGUUCCAGUGCUGGAAAACGGUAUUCACCCCAGUUUGUAAAGGCUGCCAAGUUACUUCACUGGAAUGGCCACUUCAAGCCUUGGGGAAGAGCUGCUUCAUAUGCGGAUGUUUGGGAAAAAUGGUAUGUUCCAGACCCAACAGGCAAAUUCAGCUUAAUCCGAAGACAUAUGGAUGCCUCAAACAUAAAGUGAACUAGAAUUUAAGCUUAAAUAUACCACUCAGGAAAUCCUGGAAGACACAUGUGGGAAGUUAACAGUGUCAGGAUAGAUUCUCUCUUUAGCAACCCACAGAAAAGGGGAUGCUUCAGCUGGGUAGAGAUGACAAAUUGCUUCCGUGGCAGUCAGCUUCCAAGAUGACUACAAAUGUCUCCAUCUGCCUUACCAAAUGCUUGCUUACUACAUUGCUGACUGACCUGAAGGACAGACUGAUAAAACCAACACUAGUUCAUCUAUCUGCUGUAGUUAGGAACUGCAGCUUGGUUUUAAUUUUGUAACCUGUGGCUCAGUUUGUAAAUAAAAUGUUUUCCAAUAAA